AUGAAGGGUAAAGAUAACACAUUUAAGGAUGUUAAGGUCAGAAGAGAAAAAGUGCAUCAUACAUUGCUAUGGCUUUUGAGAAAUAAUCCACAUUAUAGUAAUGUGACUAUCAAUCAAGAUGCCUUAGAAUCACUCCCUAUUGAUGGUGUUCCAUCUGAUAUAAUGACAGUUGAGUCUGAAAAUGAUAUUUUGUCAGACGAAAUUAUUUCGCCUGACUUAGGCCCUUCCAGUGAUAACCUUGAAGACAAAGUCUACAAUGAAACAACAGAAAUGAGUAGCUUUAUGCCAGCCUGUGAAAAACAGAAAACAGAAGUAGAUGCAAUAAAAAAUCAAUUAUUUCCAAAUGAACCAAUGAACUGGCCCACUGUUGAUAACUUGCCUAUAAAUGAAUAUCAGGCAUCAUUUCUAGCAACAUUGGUAUUUCCUACAUUAUUUCCCACAGGUAAAGGGGAUCCUACAAAUCCAUCACUUUUAAAGGACAUUCCCUUAGGUAAGAAAGUAAAGCAUCUUGUUAAAUUUGCUGAGCAGAUUAAUGGCAAAUGGAUUUUCCGAUUUGCCAGUCAUCCAAGGUUUUGUUAUUGGGCACUUAAUAUGAUACAGAGAAAACGAACCUUACAACAAAGUGGAAUGUUUCUUAAGCAAAAUCCAGGUGAAGCUCACUUGACAAUAGAUGAACUGCGUGAAAUGGCAGCAGGUGAUAACAGCAAUGCAUUUAUUUCUAAGAUAUCUCGAUAUGUAGCAAAUAUUGCUGGCUCUAAUGCUUACUGGUAUAAGGUGAGAGAAGAUCUCAAAGCCAUUGUAACAACUGUUAGGACUCCUACAUUUCUUUACAUUUUCUUCGGCUGA